AUCCCAGCAAAGGCCAAAUUCACUCUGGAAAAUCACAAUAAACCGGAGUUUGCCUUUGAUUAAGCUUGUUAUCCAUCUGGAUUGUUGUUUUCCCUCCUGAACCUGUCAGAUUCCCUGGCAGUCUGUGCGGACUGUGAGGAAACCUGGACCACGAUGGCAGUCAACCUGAGUAAGAACGGCCGCGCGCUGCUGGACGCCUACAAUGAUGUGUUGAAUGGCAGCUCAGAUACAAACUGGGCUCUGUUCACUUAUGAAGGCAACAGUAAUGACAUUCGACUGGCAGAAAAAGGAGAUGGUGGGUUAGAAGAAAUGGUGGAAGAGCUGAACAGUGGGAAGGUGAUGUAUGCCUUCUGUCGAGUCCAAGACCCUAACUCUGGUCUGCCAAAAUAUGUCCUCAUAAAUUGGACAGGUGAGGGUGUGAAGGACUCUCGUAAAGGAAUGUGUGCCAACCAUUUGAGCUCCAUAGCAGGUUUUCUCAAGGGAGCCCAUGUAACAAUAAACGCCCGCUCAGAGGAAGAUGUGGAGCCGGAAACCAUCUUGGCCAAAGUGGCCAAAGCAUCUGGAGCUAACUUCAAUUUUCACAAACAAACACAGUAUACAGAGCCACCCAAAGGACCUGUGAGCUCUGUGUAUCAAAAAGUCAAUGCAGUGAAGGAAAUUCAACAAACCAACAAGGACGACUUCUGGGUCCAGACUCAGAGGGAUGAAGCAGUGCGUCGACGGGAGGAGACCAAGAGAGCAGAGCAGGAGAAGCAGAAACUGGAGAAGGAGAGGAGGGAGCUGGACGAGAAGCAGUCCAAGGAGAGGGAGAGGAUAGCAAAGGAGAGAACUCGGCAGAUUGAACAGGAGAAGCUGCUUCAGAAAAAGAGGGAGGAAGAGGAAAGAGAAAAGGAGCAGCAGCAACAGAACCAGCAGGAAAAUAUAAGCAAGAUAACAGGAAUCAACUCUGCUGCAUCUGUGCAAAAAGCUAAUGAGGCAAAGUCACUGAUUUCUCAGAGAUCAUUCAAUCCCAGAGAUAUAUUUAAGCAGAAGGAGCAGAGCAUGGAGAUCACCAACUGGUCUCCUGCUGCAUCCAGACCUGGGAAGCUGCAGAGUCCGUUUCUGUCCCAGAAAUCCUUUGAAAGUGAAAUCCCUGUGAAGCCGUCGGGUUCAGUGUCAUCUCCUGCUGCAGAUUCAUUCCUCACCCCUCAGCCUCUGGUCUCACCCGUCCCUCAGCCUCUGGUCUCACCUGUCCCUCAGCCUCUGGUCUCACCUGUCCCUCAGCCUCCAGUCUCACCUGUUCAAUCCGUCUCGCAUGUUCUCUAUCGAUCCCAUGCUGCAGCUUCCUCUCCUACACCACCACAAAGCAGAGGGGUUGGUUACACUGAGGAAGAGGAGUGGUCAGAUGAGUUUGAUAAUGAAGAAGAUGAAAACACUCCAGAGGAAACUCCAGUUCAGCCUGAUCUGUACAAGGUACCAGAUCCAGUUGAGACCAGAGCUAAUCUUUAUGAGCAUCUUUAUGAGAGUGCACAUGAGGUUAGAGAACUAGCAGUGGGGGACAGCGAACAUGGGAAGUGUGCUAAAGCCCUUUAUGAUUAUCAGGCUGCGGAUGAAACGGAGAUCACCUUUGACCCCGAUGACAUUAUAACCCAGAUAGAAAUGCUUGAUGAAGGCUGGUGGAGAGGUUACGGACCUGACGGACACUACGGCUUGUUCCCUGCCAAUUAUGUUGAGCUUCUCUAA